UUUUUGUCUAUUAGAACUUGUUUCCAGUUUCUUUUGAAUCGAAAAUUUAUGGUACACAUUACAGUUUAGGUUAAAAAGCUAGUUGUGCUCGGAGUUGUGUAAUCGAUCAAACUACAGAGUAUUUAGGCAAUGGCAACGAAAUAUUUACUGCUAACAUUGUUAUUGGUAUGUAUUGCUAAAAUUAAAUGCAUUGUUCCAUCUAAAAAAACAUUUGACAAUGCCGUUACUGAUCUUUCUCAAUUAAUUGAAAGUAGUAGAAGCGGAAAUGAUUUGCCAUUAAUAGCAGGAUGUGUUCGACUUGCAUUCCACGACUGUGUAGGAGAUGGUGGGUGCGAUGGUUGUAUUGAUCAUACUAAUCCCGAUAAUGCUGGUUUAAAAAGAUACACUGACCUUCUUGAUAACUUGUAUGACCAAAACUACGUUGGAAAAAUAUCAAGAGCUGACUUUUAUGCUUUAUGUGCUGUUGUUGCUUUAAAUAGGUCCACAUUUGAUACACCAGAUAAAUACACCGGCUUAAGUAUAUUUAAAGUGGGUCGAAAAGAUUGUACUCUAUCGCCAGCUGAAGACAGCGAUGCAAGGUAUCCAAAAGGUACCGAUGGUAUGAAUAACACGUUUCAGUAUUUCAAAGAUUUUGGUUUCAACCAAACCGAAACAAUCAUAUUGCUUGGAGCUCACUCACUUGGAAGAUGUAGUCUAAGUAAUUCCGGUUAUGACGGCGCAUGGGUAGACAAUCGUUUUUCAAAAGUUUCCAAAAAGGCAAUAAAUCCUUUAGCACCUACAAGCGUGCUUGAUAAUUCAUACUAUAACAUGAUGGUUAGUAUUCCUCCCUGGAAACAAUUUCAAACAAGCGCUCAUAAAAUGCAAUGGAUGGAGCCGAAUUCUACUUCUUCCUCUAUUCUUUUAAACUCAGAUAUGGCAAUAUUUUACAACUUGGAACCAACAGACGAUAUUGGCACUUCAGACUGCAGACUAAGUACUCCUUCAUCUCUCAAAACUUCUAAAACUAGAGUAUGUAAUCCAUCUGUUGGUAGCGGAAUAACAAAGUUAUAUGCAGCCAACAAUACUCAAUUUAUAGCAGACUUCGCAAUAGUUUUUAACCGAAUGAUUGAAAAAAACUCAGCGAUUCUACAAACUACUGCAACAUUGGUAAAGGACAACCCUUUGUAUAAAAUUAAUACUGCAUUUGACGAAGUUACAAAACUUUUAAACGAAAUUUCCAAUAUGGUUGAUGAUACGCCUGAUGAAUAAUGGUGACACGGUAUAGUCUGAUAUUAUUGACUUUUUGUAUAGUUUAUAGCAAAAUUAUUUACAUUUAACACUUUUUUUCUUAAUUCUUAGAGUUAUAAUUGAAAUGCAUUCUAAUAACAAAAAUAAAGCACUUAGGACAUCUGUAAGCUCUCACAAAAUAUGAUAAGUUUGAAACUAUUUUACAAACAAAAUUAUUUUUUAUGUUGAAGUUUUGUGUUUAACAUUUUUUAAUUUUGUAUUUUUGUUGUAAAAUUGUAAUAUAUUCUGGAAACAAGACCAUUAUAUGGCUUUAGCCUAGAAGAACAAAAUGAAUGUACAUAAACUUCUUUUUAAAGUCG